AUGGCCAACGUUGGUUCACAAAGUGGGGCCUACAUCGCAGAUGUCAAAUUCCAACAGAUCCCUAUCGCUUUAGUGGACUCGAGACUGUCAUGCCACGUCUGUCGUCCGACCGUCAAGAAAGACAUGGCGGACCGUACCCGAGCCACGCAGAUCAACGAAAUGAUCACAGAAGCGUUUGGGAAUGCCUCCAUCUCCAAUUGCAGCAACGUCAGGGUCAAGCCGGGCUCGAGCGUGGUCCAGAUGAUUUGCCCCUUCUCAGCGAGCCUCUGCGUCAAGGAGGAAAACGAUUAUUGGACGGCAAGAUACUGUGGAGAAAAAGUCCCGUCGGAGAAGGAAGAAUAUUGCGACUUAAAACAAAAUGUGACCAAGUGCGUAUGCGCCGACGAAAACUGCAACCCGGCCUCCCUCUCGCGCAUCAGUCCAUUCCUGCUACCUUUUGCCUCCCUCUCCUGGAUGGCGACCCGAUUCCUGGAUGUGUGAAGUGGAGUCUCCGGCCACGUGGAAUGCACGUGCAUCCAACGCGGGAAUCGACACCUUUCUUUGAACGACUGUAUUACGUAGUCCGUUGAUUUUCUAUGUGAUAUUUUUUGUGGUUCUUUUAUCAACGAGCAAGAAAAUCUCCUGCUCGGUUACCUCAUUCAUGUGACUAAGGGAUGAAAAAGCAAGCAGGACGCCAUCGGGUAUAUUUCAUUAACUGAUUUAGGAAUGUGAAAACCUAUUAAGAUUUUAUCUCCAUUAAUGCACAUAAUAAUUAUACAUCCUUAUAUUUCUAUUUCUUCCCCAGAUGAAACUCUUCUCUUUUUCCUCUUACUUGUUUUUGCAGCGCAU